AUGGUAGUAAAGAUUAAAAGGAAACCGCAUUUGGAUGGAGUAUAUAACGAGCAAAAGAAAAUUAGACGUAUGUAUUCAAAAAGUAGCAAUUUGCGAAAAAAAGAAAAGCCAACAUUAGAGGGGAAGCUUGCGUUAAGAACUGCUAUUUCAUUAGAAUCAUUGCAAAAUGGCUAUAUUGAAAUUCACAACCAGAUCAUUGCACAAAUAUAUGCAUAUUCGAAUGAACUCAAUACAGUUGACAGUUCAUUAGUUGACUUAGCAAUUGAAAAAAUAUUUUUACAACGACUAAUAGGCACUUUGUCUGAGUACUUAAGCCGUGUUAGAAAGCGUGUUUUAAGUGAAAUGAAAGAAAUAGUUAACAUAUUUAACAAAAAAUUAGAACUUAUGGACAGUCAGGAUAUGGCUUGUGUUGAAAAGAAUAGCUUAAAUUCUUUACUUAAAAGGCCAAUUUCUAAUAUUUCUCCUGAGGAAAAUGAAAAAACUGCCAAAACCAUUGAUUUUUCGAGUAAGAACGCUAGCAUUGACUCUUCACAUGACAAUAUUAAAGUGGCUGAAUCCGAAGUCGGCUUAUCUAACGCCGGGGAUUCAAAUUUUAGCAUUGACUUUCAUAAGUUUAGUGGUUAUGAUUUUGAUCUUAAUGAAUUUAUUACGAAUAGUCACCAAGAAUCCCGAGAUGAUCGAGCUGAUCUGAUUGACUCUCAAAUUUGUGAGAACUUGUGGUCUGAUUUUCUAUCAAAAUAG